GUCAUGUCGAUGGUCAUUGUUAUGGCAAUUUCUGGCAAUCUAUUAGUACUUGGAGUCAACUACAAGAAUCCCAGCCUACGUAAUGUAACAGGCCUCUUUAUUUCAUCGCUUGCUAUAACGGAUGUCCUAAUGGCGGCGGUAAUCAUGCCUAUCUCGGUCUCAAUUCUAACAACAAGUCGGAAAGAGUUUGGUUCUGAGUUAUGUAAUUUCCAAGGGUACUUUAUUUUGCUUAUUGCUUGGACGUCACUUCAUACAAUGACUUUAAUGGCAGUGAAUCGAUAUUUUUGUGUUGUAAAAAAAUCACUCUAUCUUUUGMUUUUUACAAAACGGAAAAGCCUCUGCAUGAUAUGUGCUGUUGUUAUGUCGGCAGGUGUUUUGAUUUUCUUUCCAUUGGGAGCCGGUUUUGCAAGCAUAGAGUUUUGGCCAGGACGAGCUUGUUGCUUCUUGACCUUCCACGACAACUUUACUCAAUACAGGAGAAUUUGUAUUACGUUUUAUUUACUUGUUUACGCAAUUCUACCCAUGGGAACAAUUGCAUUUUGCUAUUAUAAAGUGCAUAGAACUGUAUCKUUACAUCGUUCAGCAGUAGUUCCAAGGUUUUCAACUGAGAAUCCCAUAAACAUUGAAGAAGUGAGAGUAACAAAGAUUAUUUUCACCGUGGUUGUAUGUUUUAUGAUUUGCUGGAUACCAUCGGUCGUUGUCGAAGUUUUAAACUCAGUUCUUGGCAGUCGAUCUUUGCCAAGAUGGUCUUACAUGGUGUACAUUUACAUGGCUUACAUUAGUUGCGCUAUUAACCCCAUUAUCUACGGUAUUUCUAACAGAAAGUUCCGUCAAAUGGUUAAAGAAUUGAUGCCCUUUAUUAAGAAAGCUCAAAGCAAUCGGCAAAYGGCCUCAAAGAGAAAUGAAAUUGUCAAAAUUGGUUAURAAAUGUCAAUUGUGCCUGUGAAGUCAAUAAAUGAACAAUAAAUUCAGUAUAUUUUAAUGGGAUUGCUUUGUCAGGCGAAGGAAAUAGCACUCACAAAUUAAUARAAACAUAACUAGCUCGCAUAUUAACAAAAUUUAACAAAGAAACRCGAAUAACUCAGACKCUUGUUAAAAUCGAAAAAUAUCGUUUUGAUAGCUUGGCUUCUUGUAAGCAUAUUAUACUACUGAAAGAUUCAAGUGAAUCACUUAGCUUUAAUGGACCAUUUAUGCUUUUAUGAUGACUUUUCGCCAAGCAGCAAUGUAAGUUUAUUAUAUAAUUGCACGUUUAAGAAAAUACGCUUUCUAUAAAUAGUGUCGUUUUGUUUUUUUUGUUUUUUUUUUCUUUGUUUUCCAGAAAGAACCGCUUGAUGCGACGGCGUUCGACACAGUUAUCUCUUGUUUCCU